GUGGCCGAUUUGGCUUGGCACGCUGCUUCCUGCAGCCGUUUCGACUGUGUCGAGUCGGCAUUCAUCAUUACGUACCAAGUUCAGUAGCAAUUUACAGCCGUUUCACCCCUAGCAUCUCCCUACUCUCUGAGAGCAGUCUGCAUGAUGCUGACAGGACUCGUAAGACGACGGCUCGCAGUCGCCGCCGACGCAUUACUCGGCAGUGAGGUAUUCACAAAGCUGCCGGCAACUAAAACUGUGCUCUGCGUCGUCGCGACGUCGGGACCGCCCGCCGCGCUGGGUCUGGCCGUCACAGAUCCUUAUUUAGGCCACGCGCGGGCCUUGCCGCCGCUCGCAUGGAAGGGCGAGGAUGCAAUCCGGCAGAUCGCGGAGGUCGCCGCUGAACACGACGCCGGUGCGCUGGCAUUCGCGCUACCGCUGGCCGAAACCGUGACGACUGACGCUGUGGGCGAGAGGGACGCGUUGAUCCGGCUCGUCUCGCACUACGACUCCGGUGCGAUGGAGUACUGGUCGGAGGCGAGAGGAGCGCCCUUUCGGGCACCUAAAUCGCUGAUCGCGGGCCGACACGGCCGCCAGGCGGCGCACAGCGGCCCCGCGCUGCCGCCGCUGCGAUGUCUCAUCGACGAGCGAUUGGAUUCAAAGGCGGUGGAAGCGGCGAAGGCGGAGGAGCCGGAGGUCUGGGCGGACACUGCUGGAGAGGGCCCGUCGAACGACGCCGCCGCCCACCUGUCGAGCUUCCUCUACGCGUAUUCGGGGGGCUGGCGGAAUACGUUCGGAUAAUUGUUGACUUGUUUACAAACACA